AUGCCCAGCUUCGAGCUCUUCUUGCUCGCUGAUGGCGAGAAGAAGAUUGAGGAGAAGGUCUUCUCUGGCAUGUCCAACACUUCCGAUUUCGUCAUUAAGAAGGAGGACCACACCCUUGGCAACCUCCUGUCCGAGCACCUGAAGAUGCACAAGAAUGUCCUCAUGGCGGGCUACAAGAUCAGUCAUCCUAACGUCCCGGAGAUGUUCAUCCGUGUCCAGACUGAUGGUUCGAUCACCGCCAAGGAGGCCCUUGUCCAAGUCAUCAAGAAGCUGAUGCAGGACCUGUCCCACCUGAGUCGCGAGUUCACUCGUGAGUUCGAGCUUCGCCGCAUGGUCGAAGCGGGCCGCUCCAACCAGCAGGGCCAGUAA